UGUAAACAUCAUUUGCCUGAUGACAUGCUAGUGGACGAGAGACUAAUUUCUUACAAGCACAUUUGUUUCCACAUUCUCUCCAAGUUCCCUCUCCUCGCUGCUUCUCCUCAAUUACCUUUGAACUUUUUAAAAUGAAAGGGAGGAGGCAUGAGAAGAAUAAAGGAAAUCCAAUUGAGAUUUUCCAUUGAUGUUGUAGAAUUCAGAACACUUUUUCGGGAUAAACUGUAAGCCUUUUUCUAUCAUGCUCUCCUCUCUUCAUCCUCCUCCUCAUGUGUGUUUGUCCCCCUUCGGAGGAAGGGUCUGUCACUUGCUAGGCUGUGAUGGGCAUUGCUGCUUUCACAGCCCCGCCCCUUCCAGCAGGGCACCCAAUGGAGAUGCAGACCUAGGGUCCCACCCCGCCCAUCAGGUGAGCUAUAGAAAGACUCCACCAGACUGUCGAGCUCAUAACGGAGCUCAUAGCGGACAACUGGCCUUUUCUUCUCUCCUCUACGCUGACCCGAUGGUGUUCAGAUCCCCGCUAGAGCUCUUUCCCGCCCAUUUCCUCCUGCCCGGCAUGCUAUUACCGGAGGAACCCCCUGCUUGCGCACCUGCCUCUGCUCUCCCUGGGCUCCGUUUCUCCGCGGCGCAGGUGGCCGGUGUGUGUGAGACUUUGGAGGAGACCGGGGACGUCGAGCGGCUCGCGCGGUUUCUGUGGUCCCUGCCGGUGGCCCCAGGUGGCGCGUGCUUCAUUACAGAGCAUGAGUCCGUCCGGAGGGCGCGUGCCGUGGUCGCCUUUCACACCGGGAACUACCGCGAACUCUAUUGCAUCCUGGAGAACCACAGCUUUAUGCGUCGCGCCUCGCACGGUAAACUACAGGCCAUGUGGCUCGAGGCGCACUACCGGGAGGCUGAGAGGCUGCGCGGGCGGUCGUUGGGCCCGGUGGACAAGUACCGUAUCAGGAAGAAGUUCCCUUUACCAAGAACUAUCUGGGACGGCGAGACGAACUCACACUGCUUCAAGGAGCGGACGAGGGGCCUGCUGAGGGAACGGUACCUCCAGGACCCCUACCCAGACCCCGCGAGGAAAAGGGAGCUGGCGCGUGCCACCGGGCUCACUCCAACACAGGUCGGGAACUGGUUCAAGAACCGGAGACAGAGAGACCGCGCAGCCGCCAACAAGAACAGGCUCGCGCACCACGGGAUGCGACCGGGAGCCAUGCUCGCUCUGGCCAGGACAGAAUGCAGCCCCACCGGAAGUGCAUGCAGCCAGGAGAUGAUCCUCUCGGUAAUGGACAGCGACUCUGACUUUGACAUCUGAAACUGCCCAUUGAUAACAGGAUACAUGCUACUAAGGGGCUUGGAUUUCACGGAGAAUUCAUAUGGACAUAUUUAUUUCUAUGUUAUAAGAGUUUGCUGUCUGAAAUAGACCUACAUGAUAUUUACAAUGUGCAGAACAUCCAUCUCUCUUUCUCUCCUGAUGCUUUUCUGACAAUCAUGGUGUUUAGUACACCUUCCCAGUCUGUCUAUCUGUAAAUAAAUUAUUCACCUGAUGUCAGAAAUUGUACAGAUGGUCCUUUGAAGCACUGUAAAGGACAGUUUGUUGGUUUAUAAUUGACAAAUACGUACUUUAUGAAAAUAAAUGUGAAGUUGAUCAUU